AUGACGAUCCAACGCUUCCUGGUCUCUAUCAGCAUUGAAGAGGAUCCGGGCGUAUUCCUGCUUGGAUGUACGGGCUAUUGCCCAACUCCGCGUACUUCCACGCUUCUCAAACGGCAGCCAAUACGUCUUGGAGCUGAUAUGCGAGGUUCGCAUCGUUCUUCAAAACUUCUAAGAGGGUCUUGGCUUGGUGUGGCCCUGUUCAGGACGAUCCCAAGGGAGCACGAGACUCCGAGCGUGUACGAGAUCAUCGGAGAGGGCGGAACACCUCUCUUCUACGGCCCUCGCCAAAAGAGCCGAUCUUGCUCUGCUUGUGACCGACGUGGAUUAUGGAGUCGACACGGCAGAAAAUGUAUCGGCAUGGAGAGGGUGUGGUCGCAGCAACUAUCUUGCAUUUUGUACAAAAUAUAUGCUGUCCUUCUUUCUAUAACAAUCCCUUCUCCUUCAGUGUCCAAAGUAAAAUUCACACUCAAACUCCCGCGGUAUCUACCUGAUCCGCAGAUCCGGCUGUCCACCCAAAAUUCCUCUUGA